AUGUUUUCGUACUGUCUUUUACUGCACCACGCACGUGCGCCUGCUGCUCUGCACUGUGGAGGAGACUGUGCAAACGUCUUCGCUACCUUCAGUUCUGCAGUACUUCACAAAAUGUCUGAGAACGACGUUGACAACGAGUUGUUGGACUAUGAGGAGGACGAGGAGCCCCAGGUGAUACCAGAAACCACCACAACCAAGAAGGAGGUGAAGGGGUCCUAUGUGUCCAUCCACAGCUCUGGGUUCAGAGACUUUCUGCUUAAACCAGAGCUGCUUCGAGCUAUUGUCGAUUGUGGGUUUGAGCAUCCAUCUGAAGUCCAACAUGAGUGCAUCCCUCAAGCCAUUUUGGGAAUGGACAUCCUAUGUCAGGCCAAAUCUGGAAUGGGAAAAACUGCUGUAUUUGUUCUUGCUACACUACAACAGUUAGAGCCAGUUGAGGGUCAGGUCUCUGUUCUUGUGAUGUGCCACACUCGAGAGCUGGCCUUCCAGAUCAGUAAGGAGUAUGAGCGUUUCUCUAAGUACAUGCCCAGUGUGAAGGUGUCCGUAUUUUUCGGUGGUUUGUCAAUUAAAAAUGACGAGGAAGUGCUGAAGAAGAACUGCCCUCACAUUGUUGUUGGGACACCAGGUCGUACUCUAGCCCUCGUUCGCAACAGAACGCUGAACCUGAAGAAUAUUAAACACUUUGUUCUUGAUGAGUGCGAUAAGAUGCUUGAAGAACUAGAUAUGAGAAGUGAUGUUCAGGAAAUCUUCAGAUUGACGCCACACGAGAAACAGGUGAUGAUGUUCAGUGCUACCUUGAGCAAGGACAUUCGCCCUGUGUGUCGCAAAUUUAUGCAGGAUCCUAUGGAGGUGUUUGUGGAUGACGAGACCAAGUUGACACUUCAUGGAUUGCAACAGUACUACUGUAAACUCAAAGAUAGUGAAAAGAACCGCAAGUUGUUUGACCUACUAGAUGUACUCGAGUUCAAUCAAGUGGUCAUUUUUGUAAAGUCAGUCCAUCGCUGUGUAGCUUUGUCUCAACUUUUAGUUGAGCAAAACUUCCCUGCCAUAGCGAUCCACAGAGGCAUGGCUCAGGAAGAGCGGUUAUCCAGAUACCAGCAGUUUAAAGAUUUUCAGCGGCGAAUUCUGGUAGCAACCAAUCUCUUUGGUCGAGGCAUGGACAUUGAGCGUGUUAACAUUGUUUUCAACUAUGACAUGCCGGAGGAUUCAGAUACUUACCUGCACAGAGUGGCUCGUGCUGGAAGGUUUGGAACCAAGGGCCUGGCCGUCACAUUUGUGUCAGAUGAAACUGAUGCCAAGACGCUGAAUGAGGUCCAAGACCGCUUUGAGGUCAAUGUGCCCGAGCUUCCAGGGGAAAUCGACAUUUCCUCGUACAUUGAGCAGUCCAGAUGA